CAGCUUGAGCAUCGUACCUACCAAGAGCCUUGAGAUGAAGAAGCUUGAACAAACUUGAAUACCAGCGCCUUCCGAUGUUAGCGAGCGAUGGUCUAAUUUAAACUUCUUCACCUUCCUAGGUACGAAAAAUAAUAAGAUUGUUAUCCAACAAUUACUCAAAUGGAUAAUCCCACCUGAAAUCCAUUCCGGCCACAAUCCACAAUCAUCACUGCCCGAUUUUGACUCAUACCAAAGUCGAUGCGUCCUCUCCUUCGUCCAACGCAACACUUCACCCUGAAAUUGCUCACCAGAACAUCUUCCCGUACCACUUUUGUUUUCCCCAUGGUGAAGAGGAAAUCAGAUACACUAGGUGAUAACUCUAGUAUUCAACGUCCUUCCCAAAUUAGGAAGAUGGCAACUCAACCAGCUACCACUACUAUUGAGCUCACACCCAGGGAAUCCCAAUUAAAGGACUUACUUUCAGAUGCUGCAAAGUUCAUAGAUGGCACCGGUAAAGUCCAGGAGCCCAUUGUCUUACGUUGGGCAGGUGGGUGGGUUCGCGAUAAGCUCUUAGGGGUCGGGUCACACGAUAUUGAUACGGCUAUCAAUGUCAUGACCGGCGAGACUUUCGCAAUAAAUCUAUGUCAACUUUGCGAACAGCCCGACACAAUCAAGAAACAUGCCAUUACGGAAUCAGAUAUUGGCAACAUCCAUAAAAUUGCACGAAAUCCGGAAAAAUCCAAGCAUCUCGAAACUACGACCAUAAAGCUAUUCGGGUAUGAUGUUGAUUUCGUCAAUCUCCGAAAGGAGACAUACUCCGAAGAUAGCCGCAAUCCCCAAAUGGAAUUCGGGACCGCGGAGGAAGAUGCAUUGCGAAGAGAUGCUACUGUCAAUGCGCUUUUCUACAACCUCAACACUGGCAAAGUUGAAGAUUUCACAACUGGUUUGAUAGAUAUGAAGUCGAAAUUGAUUAGGACCCCAUUGGAGCCAUUCCAAACCUUCAUGGAUGAUCCCCUUCGUGUCCUCAGAUUAGUCAGGUUUGCAAGUCGCCUGGAAUUUACUAUUGAUUCAGCCGUCGAAAAAGUCAUGGGAGACCACCAGGUCCUUGACGCUCUUCGACUAAAGAUCAGUCGCGAAAGGGUCGGUGUUGAAGUGGAGAAAAUGCUCAAGGGUAAUCAUCCUCGCAGAUCAUUAGAGUACAUCGACAGACUCGGGCUCUACCAUACAAUUUUCACGGAUCCGUCAAGUGCAGAUCUACCAACCCCAGAUAUCUCAAAUUGGAACCUUGCAUAUGAACUUCUCGACUACCUACGCCAAAGCAAAACCCCUGGCUCCAUUUACGACGUACUUGUGCGAUCAGAAGAGGCUGCCUAUUAUGCGUGGGUUUUAGCGGCGCUUUGUCCUUGGGAAAGCGUCGAACCGCUCCCCACUGCGCGCCCAGCUAAGGGCAAGCCACCCCCUCCUUUCGCAACGCGAGCCGCGCGAGAAGGUAUUAAAGCAAAUAACAAGUUGUGCGACCUCACAACUGCCGCGCACAAUAACAAGAAAGAAAUCACUGUUAUUGUAAGAGCUAUCGAGGAAAGCGCACCUUAUACCAAAGAAAGAGACACGCUUGGGAUGGCGAUCCGCCGCUGGGAUUCGAAAGCCGGCCACUGGCGAGUGCAAGUUUUAUAUGCUCUUCUGACUGAGGCUACAAAGGCUCUAGCUACAGGCUCAGUGAGCAAAGAUGAAUUUCUACGCCCAUGGCAAUCCUGCUUAGACCAUCUACAAGAAUUAGGUGCCAUGGACGCUCCUUCUCUCAAACGAAUAAUAGACGGGACCCAGCUUGCCAAGGCCCUAGGGGUCAAGCCAGGCAAAUGGAUGGCUGAAGCAUUGGAAGUUUGCGUCGCAUGGCAGUUGCGUAAUCCGGAUGUCACGGAUCCGGCGGGCGCCAUCGAGGAGGUUCGCAAUAGAAGGGCAGAAUUAAAAAUACCAGAGAAAUGAUGGACGAAUGAAGAUUAAUGAUACCCAUAGACCAAGCCUGCCUGAAUAACUUCUCAAUGACUCACUGAUAAAAAUUGUAGGUGACGAGAAAUUUCGCGACCCCUGAGUUUUUACUGCAGUACGACUUACCUAAUCCUAGCCAUGCAUAACGAAUAUUAUACCUCUACCGAUAAAAAAUUUAUCUUGGAAAUACAUGCACGUCAUCCUCUAUUAUUAAUAGCUGUAAUUCGGGUGGGAACAAGCAUAUCUCUGCAAGAACUGGUCUUCCCCCUUGUCUCGGUGCUUAAUACGCCGACAUAUUGGCCAAUUCACUAACACCGCGAAUAGUUAAGUCACCUACAGCGUUUUACCAAGAGAAAUCCCUCUCAAAUAUUGCCAGACAGCAGACGUGAAGCUUCGAAUCGCACCAAUG